UCGAUCAAACAUGGUUAUCAACUCACAAGAAACGCUAACCCAUCCUCUCCUCCUCCUCCUCCUCCCAUUCAUCUUCCUCGUUGUCACCGUCUACCGCCGCCGCAAACCAGCCCUCAACCUCCCCCCCGGCCCUCCCCCUCACCCCAUCUUCGGCAACCUCCACGACCUCGGCGAAAACCCCCACAUCACCUUCUACCACCUCUCCAAAAAAUACGGCCCCCUCAUUCACGUCAACAUCGGCCAAAUCCGCACCAUGUUCGUCUGUGACGCCGACACCGCCUCGCAAAUCCUGAAAGCCCAAGAUCAAAUUUUUUGCAGCCGUGCCCAACUGACUUCCCCCAAACGCUUCACCUAUGGCGGCAAAGACAUCGGUUUCUGCCCCUACAACGAUCACUGGAAACAACUCCGGCGGCUCUGUAACACUGAAGUCUUCAGCGUCGGCAGAGUUCAGUCUUUCCACUCCUUUCGCAGAGAAGAAGUCGACGCGCUCGUCAAUACAAUAUCAAAAACUUCCGCUCGUGGGGAUACAGUGAAUGUUAGCCAAAUGGCAUUUUACUACAUCAACAAUCUUAUUUUUCGAGAGGUGUUUGGGAAGAGGCUUUCGCCUGACGGAGAGUGUGGUUGGAGUCCGCUUCAGGGCCUUGUUAGCGAGGUGGCUGCUGCGAUGGGUCAGCUUGGAAAUGCAGAUUUGUUUCCCUGGCUUGGGUGGCUUGAUUUGCUCACUGGGUGGCGGGCGAAGCUUGAUAAGAUUUAUGAAAAGAUGAAUUUGAUGUAUGAGGAGAAUAUAAGGGAGCACUUGGCCCGAAUAAGUGAAGGAAAGGGUGAUUCUGAAAAUUUACUAGAUGUUCUUCUUCAUCUUUAUGCUAAGGAAGGUUCUUCUCUCACUAUGGAUCAAAUCAAAGGUCUUCUCACGAAUAUGUUUACAGCAGGAAUAGAUACAUCCUCAGUAACCAUAGAAAUGGCGAUGACACAACUAAUAAAGAACCCAGAGGCUCUAAAAAAGGUGCAAGAGGAGGUUCGACGAGUUGUCGGCGAUAAAGGAACGGUGGAAGAGAGCGACAUACAACAUCUCCCUUACCUCAAGCAAGUAAUAAAGGAGACACUGAGGCUUAGUCCGCCUGGCCCAUUGCUACCACCACGAGCGAGCAUGAAAGAUGCCAAGGUUAAUGGCUAUGAUAUUCCAGCAAAGACUAUGAUAUAUGUUGAUGCAUAUUCUAUUGGGAGGGAUCCCAAGUACUGGGAAGAUCCUGAGAUUUUUCGGCCAGAGAGAUUUGAGAAUAGCUCUAUUAAUUUCAAAGGGAACAACUCAGCGUUCAUACCAUUUGGAGCUGGAAGAAGAAUUUGCCCGGGAAUAACACUUUCCAUGGCAAAUGUUGAGCUUGCUUUGUCAAAUAUGCUCUAUAGGUUCAAUUGGACAUUGCUCGAUGGAAUGACCAAAGAAGAUAUUGACAUGAGGCCCAAACCUGGGUUGAUUACUCCUAAACUAAUACCACUUGUUCUGGUGGCAACACCUGCUUUUACCAAGUGAUAGAGUUUAUCAAAUACUAAUUAUUCUAUGUUACAAUAAUUUGAUCCAAGACAUCCACAUCCAAAUAAGAAAAAAAAAAUCAGCUGCUAUCAAUGCACAUGUAAUAUGAUAUAUGAAAAAUAAAUUCUCAUUAUAUUUUGCAUAUAUCAUGAG